CAUUAGCUCAGGUAAUCCACUUGUGGCCUGGUGCUUUGAUUAUGAGAUCUUGGUCAGGGAGUCAGGACUAAAUGAGCUUCAGCCGCACAGAGGAAGAGCUGGACAGUCAGGGUUCCAUCCUUCAUGAGGUCUCGGUGUUGAUGUUCUAAUCGGACUCGCUCACAGCGGUACCUGACCUGAUCCGGACGGACCUGUGGAGAAUGCAACUGAGCAAAUGGCUGCUUAAAUUCACACUGAAACAGCAGGCAGACAGCCAAACACCCAGGCCAGCUGCUACCGGAUAAGCAAGGGUGUCACGAACAGUCAUGGGAUGUGGCGUCUCAAAGUCCAACCAGUUCCACAAACACUCCAGGAAAGCCGUCACCAGUAAGUCACUUCUGUUCUGCUUUUUGGGAUAAACUCCUGAUAUUUGUAGAAAACUAACAAAACAGCUGUGUGUGGAAAAACUAACUACAGCCCUGUUGCUGUAGUUAGUUUGGGACGACAGGCAACUCCACCUGCUCAGCUACCUUACAUAGAGUACUGGCAUGCCUCAGGGCUGUGUGCUUAGUCCCCUGUUUCUGUUCCCUCUUCAUCCUUGUCUACAAACCUGUUCAUGGCUCCAGCUCCAUAAAUAAGUUUGAGGACCAGAUGACGGUGAUUGUUGAUGAGGUAGUUGAGUAAUGGGCUCAACUAGGUGUGGUCACUCCCCUUUGCAUUAAAUGGGUUAGAAUUUUGUUGUACAUUCAAGUAACUAUGUUAUCCUCUGUUUAAAAAUAUGAUGGAGUAUUAGGGUCAUACUAAGAAAAAAUAAAAUAAAUAAAAUAACGAGAAUAAAGUCAUAAUGCUAUGAGAAUAAAGUUGUAAUAGUUUGACUGGAUUCUCGUAUUAUUUCGACUUUAGUCUCAUAUAUUUUUAUUAUUGUAACAUUAUGACUUUAUUCUUGUAAUUUAUUAUUUUAUUCUCAUAUUUUUUUAUUUUCUUAAGAGUGUCCCUAAUAGUCUGUUGUAAAUGCUAUAUAUACCAAACAUAGUUUAAAAAAUUUUUGACUUUGCAAUUUGACAGCUUGAAAUUGGACCUCUGUCUCUUUAAGAAGCUUCUGCUCUUUCCAACACUUCAUAACAUCAUCACAACAAUGCUUCUUCAUUAUGCUGUUUAUGACUGUUCUGUGUUGAACUGAGAAGUAAUUUGUAUGAUAAGCUCAGCAGACGCACACAAUCUGCAGAUUUUUAGUAUGGAUAAAUAAAGAUUUGCUGCUCUAAUAGUUUUUUUUUAAGUAAAUAUGUCUCAUAGUGGAUCAGCUGCUCCCUAUAUUUCAGCCAUAAAAGCUGCUGUCCUGAUUCAGCGAUGGUACCGGCAAUAUGUUGCUCGGACAGAGAUGAGACGGCGAUACACCUGGCACAUCUUCCAGUCCAUCGAAUACUCCGGAGAACAAGCCCAGAUCAAGCUUUAUAACUUCCUCGGCUACCUCAUGGACAAUUUCACACCAUCCAGCACAGAACGAAAUUUGAUCUCGCACAUCUUCAGAGAGAAUGACGUCUGUUGGGACUCGGAGUGGGAGCGGUACUUCUGCUACAAGAACAUCGAGGUGCCGGAGGUUUACUCCGGGCCGCACCUCACCUUCCCGCUGACGGUGGAGCAGGCAGUCGGCCUGCUGGAGGCCUUCAGGAACAAAAAACAGCUGCACUCUCGCUACGUGCUGCAGCUGCUGCUGGAGACGUGGAAGCUGCUCCGCAUGCUGCCAAACAUCAACCGCAUCUCCACCUGCCACAGCAAGGAAGUCACUAUCUGCGGUGAUUUGCAUGGACAGCUGGAGGAUCUGCUGCUGAUUUUUUACAAGAAUGGCACGCCGUCCUUAGAGAAGCCCUACGUGUUUAACGGAGACUUCGUCGACCGAGGAAAAGACUCCAUUGAGAUUCUCCUCAUCCUGUUUUCGUUCAUGCUUGUUUAUCCGCGUGACGUCUACUUAAACAGAGGCAACCAUGAGGACCACAUCAUCAACCUCAGGUAUGGAUUCACCAAGGAGGUGCUGACUAAAUACAAGAUUCACGGAAAGCGGAUCUUGAAGCUGCUGCAGAAGAUUUUCAGCUGGUUGCCGUUAGCAACCAUCAUCGAUCAGAAGGUGCUUGUCCUCCACGGCGGUAUCUCCGACACUACGGAUCUCAGCAUUCUGACCAAAGUGAACAGACACAAUUAUGUUUCAGCGCUGCGGCCUCCGAAGAGGAGGAACCACAGCUCAGCGGGCAUGUCCAUCGACAUCGAGAUAGACGACGACCUCUGGAGCACCAGUAAGAUCUACCAGCGCCGGGCCUCCCUCACGUAUCCCAAGCCGCUCGGACCGCGGGAGUGCUUCCACAACCGCUCGCUGCAGGACUUCUCGACCCGGAUCAAGGCAAACAUGGAGAACGAGCUGGAGAACAGCAAGAGGAGGGAAGUCAUCCUGGCAGCGACGCUCCACAGGUCACAGCAGGACAUUCUGUCUGUGUCCACCGACUCUGUGAGCAGCGACAACGCCAAGGACGAGUGGAGGCAGAUUCUGGACCUGCUGUGGAGCGACCCGAUGAACCAGGACGGCUGCGUACCCAACGAGGUGAGGGGUGGAGGCUGCUACUGGGGUCCGGACGUCACCGAGGACUUCCUGAACAGACACAACAUGCAGCUCAUCAUCCGCUCACACGAGUGUAAACAGGAGGGCUACGAGUUCUGCCACAACCGGAAGGUCCUCACUCUGUUCUCUGCCUCAAACUAUUACGAUGUGGGAAGCAACCGGGGGGCCUACGUGAAGUUGGGUCCGGACCUCGUGCCUUAUGUGGUUCAGUACCAGGCCAGUAGCAUGACCAGAGAACUCACCGCCAGGCAAAGCGUCGGGCGAACCGAACGCUCGGCCCUGAAAGUCCUGCGGGAGCAGUUGUUUGCGCACAAGUCAGACCUCCUCUGUGCCUUCAAAAAGUUUGACACAAAGAACACAGGUUUGGUGUGCCUGAUUGACUGGGCCUCAGCGGUGGAGAGCGUUAUGCACCUGAAUCUGCCGUGGCGGAUGCUGCGCUGUCAGCUGGUCACCUGCAAGACGAGCGACGGCAUGAUUAACUACUACGACUGGUUCAACGAACUCGCCAUCAAAGGGCCCAACACAGACCAUAUCGACCAGAGCCUGCUGGAAACUUUGUACCGCCAUCGCUCCACUUUGGAGACCAUCUUCAGGAUCGUAGACACAGACAACUCAGGCUUCAUCAGCAUGGAGGACUUCCGGCAGACGUGGAAGCUGCUCAGCGUCUACCUGAAGAUGGAGAUCACAGACGAAGACAUCUCCAACCUGGCCGAGACCAUCGACAGCAACCACGACGGCAGCAUCGACAUCGACGAGUUCAUGGAGGCUUUCCGGCUCACGGACAAGAAGAGCCGCCUGGAGCGGGGACGCAGCAUGUUCAUGCACACGACGUCCGACCUCACCAAGCUGGAGAGCGACCCCAACGUAUGACCCGCAGACUCAAAGCAGAUGUGCAGCCGCUCGCAACCCAAGCUGCUUUGAUGACGCACGCGUCGAUGCAGGAUGGCGCAGAGCGGCAGCUGCGUCAGGGAUCACGGGGGAUUAGGUGGAGCUCAGAGAUCACCGUGUUUGACGGUGAAGGUUCAUCUCAGCAUGAGGAGCAAGAGAGACAAAAACAACACAGGAGACAUGGAUCAUUUUUUAAUAGCUACAAAACUGGAAUAAUGUGACAACUGCACUGUAAUUAAAAAAACAAGUGUUAGACAAUGAGUAUGUGGAAUCUUGCAUUUCUUACAAGGAGAAAACAUGUUUUUUUAAACAAAUAGAAAAUGCAAAUGUACCCUUUACUGGCAACUCUUGUACAUAUUUUUGUAAAUAGCUUUGAAAUAAAUGUAUGUCUUAUUGCACAACUAUAA